GUGAGCUAAGUAAUAUGGUGGUGUUCAGGGAGAUCGGAAGCUCUGCGGUGGGCGAACACACUUUGGGAAUAAAAUUAGAUGAAAACUUUCAUUUCCGAGCUUGGCGUGCGCUAGUCUAGUUUAGGGUCAUCGUGUUGCGGCUUGUUCUGUGGGCGCCGUGGGUGGAGAACAGUGGUAGCGCACACAAUGUCAUGUGCAGUUUUGCACGCUGGGUAUUAAAACAGCCGCAUUUUAAAGACACCAGAUUAUUCAAAGGCGAUGUCUAUCUCGAUCGUGGCCUUACGGACUGUGAGCUGCAGUGCCAGAGUGCACAGCUGGGCCGCUGCCCGCUCCGCUCUCCGGAGACUUUCUCAGAGGUGCUGCCCUGACAGGAUCCCUGUGUCUGUGGGAGGAAGGCAGCCAUGCAGACUAUCAGGAGACCCACGGAUGGGAAGGAGUGUGCAUCUUUCUCACCCUGCGAUGACUACAAACUUGCUCUCACCCGAGGAGCUGUUCCGAGAGAGAUCGCUGCAGAGCUAUCUGGAGAGGCUGGAGGCGGACUACAAGGACUUCCUGAAGAGAGUAAACACAGAUGAAGGCCGACUGAACGAGGAGGAGAGUCUUAGAGCGCUACGGAGAAAAAUCGCGACUUUGACCCCCUUAAUAGAUGAUUUGAUCACUUUGAGGCUAAAAGAGGAGGAUUUGAAAGCCACAGAGGCUUUACUGAAAGACGACGAUGCUGAAAUACGCGAGCUUGCUGAAAAGGAAAGGGUCCUGGGCCAGGAAGAAGUACAAGGUUUGAAGAAAAAGAUCCUUUCUCACCUGGUUCCCACUGAAGAGGCUGACGAAGGCGACCUGGUCUUGGAGGUGACAGCGGGCGUCGGGGGACAAGAGGCAAUGCUCUUUGCGGCCGAGAUUUUCCACAUGUACCAGAACUUCGCCUCUUUCCAGGGAUGGAGGUUCGAAAGAAUGCCUGGUCUGUUUGUUCCUGUUAAAAGCCGAACGUGCAUCAACCGUAUUAUACAAUUCUUGAAUAUGCCCAACAUUUUGUGCACAUCGAGGUGGGGUCAGUUUUUUCCCCCCCAAGAACCUCAAUCUCUGUUUGUUGUUUUGUCUUCCUUGCCGCAGAUUAAUUUCACGAUUAAUGCGAAGGACCUGCGGAUCGAGACGAAGCGAGCCAGUGGAGCCGGAGGCCAGCAUGUCAACACGACGGACAGCGCUGUGCGGAUUGUACACCUCCCGACAGGUGUGGUUUCUGAGUGCCAGCAAGAGAGGUCUCAGCUGAAAAACAAGGAGAAGGCCAUGACAGUGCUCCGCGCCAAGCUCUACAGCAUGAAGCUGGAGGAGCAGAUGAGCAAGCGGUACAGUGCGCGCAAGCUGCAGAUUGGAUCCAGGGGAAGAUCUGAGAAGAUUAGAACCUACAAUUUCCCCCAGGACAGGGUGACUGACCACAGGAUUAGCAAAACCGUGUACGAUAUCAAGAGCUUCAUGCUGGGGAAGGAACAGCUCAAUGACGUGAUUCAAUCUUUACAGGACUUUUCGGAGCAGGAAUCUCUCUUGGACAUUCUGAAAGAAAAUGAACUCUGAGAGCUGAUGUUGUUCGCUAGUUUGGUAAUAAAAUAAAGCUGUGCUUUAAUUGA